UACAUCCGGUUACACUAAGUUGUGGUGUCUGCCGGUAUUUUGCAUCACUGUGUCCUGCAUAUUUACUUUAUCUGAUAAUAAAUAUAUACCAAUUGUUAUUCAAUCUAAUUCAACCGUAUUAUUAGAGAUACCUAUUUCUACUAACUCUUUCAGGAACUACUAUCAUUGUAUAUUCUCCCGGUUCUUUUUAAUUGUAACACACAGCAGCGUCGAAGAUGGCAGCGCCUGUAAUGGACACAUGUCAUGUCUCUUGUUGUGCUAAUCGCACUCCUAAUGUUGUGUCAUGGGGUAGAGGAGGUCUCAUCGCAUUUGGGACAUGCAAUUCAGUUGCCCUUUAUAAUCCACAGGAAAUAAGGAUUGUCGAGCUGCUUAAUAAACAUACUGGAAGGGUGAAUGCUGUUCAGUGGGUUCAUAAACAAGAUUGCAGUCCGGAAACCCAGUUGGUAUCUGGUGGGUCAGAUAAUAAUGUUAUUGUUUGGGAGAAGCAGGAUGGGAAGUUCACAGCAUGUGCAGUGUGUUCAGGACACUCAGGGCCCGUGUGUGCAGUGGACGCCGUGUCUCUGUCCUCCUCUCACUUACUGGUGGCCUCAGCAUCAUCUGACUCCACUGUUAAACUCUGGACAUGCACCUCUGAUACAUCUGAAUGCCUCCAGACCGUAUCUUUUGGGAGCGGGUUCAUGAUGGAUGUCUCCUUGGCGCUGUUGCCAGGCAGCAGAGUUCCAGUGCUCGCCUGUGGGGGAGAUGACAGCAAAGUUCACCUGUACGUGCAGCUCAGUGGACAGUUUCAGAGGCUUCUGACUCUGACAGGACAUGAGGAUUGGGUCCGAUGUGUGGAGUGGGCCACUAAAGAUGGAGAGCUCUGGCUAGCCAGCUGUUCACAGGACUGUCUGAUCAGAGUGUGGAAACUGUUUGCCAAGACCGCGGCUGAACCAGACCAUCAGACUGACGCUAUUAUCAAAAUGAAGGAAAACAUCAUUCAAGUGUCUGGAGAUGAAUUUGCUGUGACUCUUGAAACGGUGUUGGCUGGACAUGAAAACUGGGUUUAUGGAAUUCACUGGCAACCUCCAUGUGUCAAAGGUGACUCAGUGGAACAGCCCCUGAAGCUGCUCUCUGCCUCAAUGGACAAGACCAUGAUCUUAUGGGGGCCAGAGGAGGAUUCAGGCAUGUGGGUGGAGCUGGUUCGUGUUGGGGAAGUUGGAGGAAACACCCUGGGUUUCUAUGGAUGCCAGAUGAGUCCAGACGGCUCAAUGAUUUUGGCUCAUGCCUUUCACGGAGCGCUGCACCUCUGGCACUGUGACAGAAACCAGGGAGAAUGGAGGCCUAGUGUGGUCAUUUCGGGUCACUUUAACGCAGUGCAGGACUUGAGCUGGGACCCCGAGGGAGAGUUUAUCAUCACUGUCGGAUCAGAUCAAACCACUAGACUCUUUACACCCUGGACGAGAAAAGGAUGCUCACAGAUUACUUGGCACGAAAUCUCAAGGCCGCAGAUUCACGGCUAUGACAUGCAGUGUCUGACUAUGGUUGGGCGUUUUCAGUACGUGUCCGGUGCUGACGAGAAGGUCCUACGGGUGUUCAAGGCACCACGGAAUUUCGUGGAGAACUUAGCUAACAUAUCAUGCACCUCUCUGGAGAAACUGCUGGGCUGUAAUGAUAUAGCAGACUUCCCAGAGGGAGCCAGCACUCCUGCCCUUGGCCUGUCCAACAAGGCAGUGUUUCAAGGUGACCUUGCAUCUCAGAGCCCUCAACAGGACAGUGAAGAUUUCAAUAGCAUGUCCGACCAAUAUAAAGAGUCCUACUUUCAACCUCUCAAACUCACAGAGCCUCCGACAGAGGACGACCUCUUGCAGAACACACUGUGGCCAGAGGUACAGAAGCUGUACGGGCACGGCUUUGAGAUGUUUUGUCUGGCGUCCGAUUCUGCGAAGACGGUGGUGGCCUCGGCAUGUAAGGCCUCUAAACCAGAGCAUGCUGCCAUUCUCCUGUGGAGCACAACUUCCUGGAAACAGCUUCAGUCGCUGCCCUGCCACAGCCUGACCGUCACUCAGAUGGCAUUCUCCCCAAAUGGACACCUUUUGCUCGCUGUUUCUCGAGACCGCACCUGGUCUUUAUGGAGACGUGGAAACCCUGACUCCGAUACAGAGACAAGCUUUUCUCUCUACGCAAACACUAGCAAGGACACAGCGGUUCACACACGCAUCAUUUGGUCAUGUGACUGGAGCUCUGACAGCAAGUACUUUGUGACGUCAAGUCGAGACAAGAAGGUAAUCAUCUGGGGUCCUGGUGACAGUGAGUGUGAGGGUGUAAGCGUCACUCCCUGCUCCUCUGUUCUGGAUGUUGGAGAUUCAGCCACUGCCGUGUCUAUCUGCCCAUAUCUCUGUUCAGACCAGAGUUAUUUGCUGGCUGUAGGUCUAGAGAAUGGGCGGAUUGUGCUGUAUAAAUGGAGGCCAUCAGAGGAUCUGUCUUCUGGAUCAGACUGGAGUAGAUGUGGAGAAACCGAUGUUUGUCAGAGUCACACGCUAAUGGUGAAGAGGCUGCGCUGGAGGCCAAGGCCGGGCAGGGCAGGCCAUGGCGGGCAAGAGAGGAACGAAGAGCGAGCUUGGGUCCAGCUAGCAAGCGCUGGUGCUGACCAUGUCGUCAAAAUCUUCAACAUCAAAAUAUCAGCUCUGUGACUUCGAGUCGCCUCUGGUGACGUGGGUUCUGGGUAAUAUGCAGUGUGUCCAGCUGAUAUGCAGUAUGAAUGAACUACAGUCACCUGAUCUGCUGUGAAGUCGUCAGCAGGCCUGAAUGUGCUGCUGUAAAUGCCGUUUUUCAUGAGGGAUGCUGGGAGCAGUUUUCUCAUUCCCUUAAAUCAGCUUCUGUUCUUCGAAUUUCAGUACUAUUACUUAUGACCUGUAAACACGAACUAAUGUAGGCUACUAUUUAUGAUGUAUAUAAAAAAACACAUUGCUUUGUAUUACAAUAAAUGUCUCUUUUCUAGUAAUGAAA